UUGGUUGGAAUCCCGCGGACGAAACAUAGCUAUGGGUCUUCUGUACAGCUGCAGCGAGUUAAAUAUUCCGUAUUCCCUGAGCCAAAGGGGUGAGUAGCUAGCUUGGCCAAACGACAGACCACGAGUUUGGGACAUUGAAAACGCCGUGAAAAGGAAAGGAGAGCGAGGUGGAGGAGACCUGGAGAUGGCAGUGAAUGUCCAAGUCAAGCCUGGUGAGAAACACAACCGCUAUGAGCUGCUGGCUUGGCUCAAUGAAUCUCUACAGACCAGGUUCACGAAGGUGGAGCAAACAUGCUCAGGUGCUGCGUUCUGCCAGCUGAUGCAUUGGCUGUUCCCUGGUUCUGUGGACGUACAGAGAGUGAGGUUCCAUGCCAGUGAUGAGGUGGAUGCCCGUCACAACUACAGUGUGCUGCAGGCCGGCUUCGGGAGGAGUGGGGUGAUCAAAUCAAUCCCAGUGGAGGGUCUGAUCGGAGGGAGCUCUGAGGCGAGCCUGGACUUCCUACAGUGGUUCAAGGUGUUCUUUGACUCCAACCACAAUGGCCAGGAGUAUGAUGCUCUGGAGUCGCGGGCUGGUCAGAGCAUGCCACCUGCUAAUGCUGCUAAACAGCCACAAAGACCCAAAGCCCUGACACAACUCGAUUUCUCUAGGGAAGUGGAGAUGUCUGAGGGGCCCUGGCAGAACCAGGAAAUGGCACUGGAUGUUCAAACAGCAGAGGAGGAGAAGGAGGAUACAUUUUUCCAUUUCAGCCCCAGCCUGCUGCAGCUCAUCCAGAAGCACUGGCCCAGCCCAGCAAAGCACGGGACAGAACUUACCCAGGAUCAGGUAGCCAGACACGUUCUGGGUCAGAAAUACCCUCAGGACAUCACUGCUGCCUGCUCCCAGACCCCCUACUGCCUCUACCUGUACCGAGGUGUGGAGCUGGGAGGGGAUGGAGACCGGGAGACGGCCAGUGUGCUUCUGGUGGGCUACUUUGACCAGAGGUCAGGGGUCAAGCAUGUGCGCCUGCUAGACACCCUUCAGCCCAGGGAUGCCACAGUGUCAGCUGGUACAGCAGAGCUGAACUGUCUGGUGGAGACUCUGAGGAGGUUUGAGCUCCCCAUGGCGAACUUGGCUGUGUUCUACUGUGGAGACUCAGGGCUGAGCCAGGUGUUGGUGACUGGGCUCAGGGCCCUGAACCCUGGGCUGGUGUCCCUCUGUGGUCUCCCUGGCCUGGCUGGACGGGCGUGUCAAGUGGGCGUGAGUGCGCUGCCGGAGUCGGUCCUGGAGCUGGUUAGAAACAUCCACCACCACUACUCCACCUGCCCCACCACCAACGACAACCUCAAGGAGAUAUUUGCCGAUGUGACAUCCUUGGACCCUCUCCUUCCCCUGUCGUCCCAGUGCCUUUUCCUGGGCAGGACAGUGCAGAGGAUGGCAGACGCCUGGCCCGAGCUGCUCCAGUACUUUGAGUCCCGGGGCAAUGAGGGGGAUGCGGAGCAAGUGUGUGCCCGUCUAAGGGACCUAAAAGUCAGACUGAGCCUGCUGUUCCUGGGGCAAGCCUUGGAGCCCCUCUGUGCCUUCCAGGAGCUCCUUGAAUGGGGCGACUCUGAUGUGGCCAACAUCCUACAGCAGGCCUCCAGCCUGGUGCACUCCUAUGCAGCCAGCUUCCUCCGCUCGCCCGCCGUGGACCGCUUCCUGAGGCGGCGGGAGCCCACGCUCCUUGUCAACGAGAAGGAUCACCUCCUGAGGGUGGAUGUGAAUACGGGCGCCCGCGUGAAGGACUUCCUGUCGGAACAUCAGGCAGAACUCGACGACGAUGUCGUAGACUCUUUCCUGGAGAGCAGUGUCUCCUUCUACAAGGCCACCACCUGGAGCCUGAUGAAGAGCCUGCCACUACCCAACGUGGCCCUGAAAAACAUUCCCAUCUUGCUGAGGCCUGCUGGGAGGCUGGAGGUGACGAGUAGGGUAGUGGCCGAGCUGGGGUCCCUCAUGGGGCUGUGUGGAGUCCCGGGGGACAUGGCCCUGCUGACCGAUGAGUUCCUGGAGUAUAUGAUCUCAGAGGGUGAGAAGCCUACCGCCGACUCUCCCACCCCUGGGCCCACGGUGGAGCAGCACUGGAAACAGGUGCUGAGAACCAUGGGAAAGACAUCUAUCCUACGGAGGCUGAUCUGCAGCCUGCUUACUCUCCCCUCUGGCUCUCUGCAAAGGGACAAGGUCUUCGCUCGGGCUAACUUGCUUGGUGAUGGUAGUCGGGAUGAGGAUGACUGGCUCACAGAACGCAGUGAGGAUGAAGGCAUACCCUCAUCACCCUCAAGUCCUCUAAAACAGGAGAGUAACUCAUCUGAUUUGAUUGACAUCACAGAGCCUGCUGAGACAGACACAAGACCAGCGCUAAAGACAACUGAGUCUAUUGAAAUUAUUGUUCUCGAUGAUAGCGACGAUGACGUUAUUUGGACUGAGACCAUACAGCACAAGCUUAAAAAUGACAAUGCCCUGCCGAUGGCCACAUCCAUCCCUGAAGGACCAUCUAAGACAUCCUCCUGCCUGUACGAGGAUGAGAAGGGCUACAAUGUGGGGGAUCUGGUAUGGGGACAGAUAGAGGGAUUCUCCCUGUGGCCAGGGACUGUCCAACCCUGGAAGGGACGGCAGGCAGCCAACCGCAUCCGGAAAGUUGAAUGGUUUGGGGCUGGCAUGUUUUCCGAGAUAAACACCCGGGGACUGCUGCCAUUUGGAUCGUUUGCACAAUGUUUCUGCGCAAAUAGCUUCGCCACCCUCGUCACGUACAGGGAUGCUAUGUUCCAGUCUUUACAGGUGGCUGCUUCAAGAUGUAGGAAGGUGUUUUCCCUGGGUUCAGAGAAGCAGGAGGAGCACCUCGGGGAAAUGGUGGACUGGGCCUUCGACGGUUUCAAACCCUCUGGCCCAGAUGGGUUCCAACCACCACUCCAGACAGAGGCUAAAGGGAUUGCUAAUGGGACGCAACCGGACCAAAAAAAGGCAACAUCCAUCAACAGCGAACUGCACAACAUGAGCCAGGUGUCUGUGUGUCUCACCAAGCUCUCGCUGAACCUGGACAACGGCACCUUCAACCUCAGGCAGGAGGAGGAUGCAGGUGCCUCGUCCAACAUGGAGAAAAAUGAUCAAAGUCCAGACUGCCAGCCACCACUCAAAAAACAAAAGCAGCAGUCCAACAAAAAAGAAGACCCAGGCUACGUCUAUGAACAGCCGGAUCAGAAAUACAGAGAGGAGAUGGUUCAAAGGGUACAGAAGAAAAGACUGGACAUUGAAGCUUUCUGCCUGUGCUGUAUGGCUGACGAUAUAGAGAUUUUCCAUCCACUGUUUGAAGGAAGCCUUUGCCUUAAAUGCAAGGAUAACUUCACUGAGACUCUCUAUCGAUACGAUGAGGAUGGCUACCAGUCAUACUGUACAGUGUGCUGUGCUGGCCUGGAGGUCAUCCUCUGUGGGAACGACAGCUGCUGCCGCUCCUACUGUUUGGACUGCCUAAACAUCUUGGUUGGCCCAGGUACCUUUGACUCUCUGAAGGAGGUGGAUCCAUGGAUCUGCUACCUGUGUGAACCACACAAUGCCCACGGUGCCCUGAAACCCCGUCUUGACUGGAGCAUCCGUGUCCAGGAGUUUUUUGCAAAUAACAGUGCCUUUCAGUUUGAGCCCGAUCGGGUAUACCCGUCCAUCCCUGCCAACCUGCGUCGACCAAUCAGCGUCCUCUCACUGUUUGAUGGGAUUGGCACAGGUUACUUGGUGCUGAAAGAGCUGGGAUUCAAGGUGGACAAAUAUGUGGCCUCGGAGAUCUGUUCGGAGUCCAUUGCUGUUUCUGAGAUCAACCAUGAAGGCAAGAUCAUACAUGUGGAUGAUGUCCGGCUCAUCACCAAAGAGCACAUCCUAAAGUGGGGUCCGUUCGAUCUGCUCAUUGGUGGGAGCCCUUGCAAUGAUCUGGCCAUGGUGAACCCAGCACGGAAGGGACUGUUUGAAGGGACGGGGAGGCUCUUCUUUGAGUAUUACCGGCUUCUUCACAUCAUGAAGCCCAAAGAAGACGACCGGAGGCCGUUCUUCUGGUUUUUUGAGAACGUGGUGUUCAUGAACAACCACCACAAGGUCGACAUCUGCCGCUUCCUGGAGUGCAACCCGGUUCUGGUGGAUGCGGUGAAAGUGAGCCCGGCCCACAGAGCGCGAUACUUCUGGGGCAACAUCCCUGGGAUGAACAGACCCAUCAUUGCAUCCCAGACCGACAAGGUUCUUCUCCAGGACUGCCUUGAAAGGGGAAGAGUUGCCAAGUUCACAAAAGUGAGGACCAUCACCACCAACCCCAACUCCCUCAAGCAGGGCAAGAAUGUGAGCAAGCUCCCUGUGUCAGUGAAAGGUGUGGAUGACAACCUGUGGAUCACAGAGUUAGAGAAGAUCUUCGGCUUCCCCAAGCACUACACCGAUGUAAAGAACAUGAAUCGCCAGCAGAGGCAGAAGGUGCUGGGGAAGUCCUGGAGUGUGCCUGUGAUCCGCCAUCUCUUUGCCCCACUGAAGGACUACUUUGCCUGCGAACAACUUCCCCCGUUCCUUUCGCAGCCAUCUAGUUCCUCAGCAACAGCUAUGGGGGAGGGGUCAAUGGGUGGCCCAUCAUGGUGUAGUCCCCUGGAGUGACAGUCAGGUUCAUCAAGGGCGCUUACACUCCACCCUACGGGGCUUUAGCCAAUAAGACAGAACUAAAUUAACAGGGGAAAAAACUAAACAGAAAAUACCCACAACAAAAAAUCUACUUAUCUGAUCUUUUUUAAUCUUUUAAGUGUUCUACUUAAACCCUUUUAUGCAUCUCUUUUAUUUUCACACUGGUUUUCUUACCUGAGACAAAGGCCAAGCAAGAAAGAGCAGACACAUCUUACUAAGACAAAGCUUCUUCAUCAUCACCGUUGGGUUCAGUCUGAUUGUGUUAAUAGUUCUGAGUUGGGAUAAUCCUCUCAUUGGGUUAUUAUUCAUUUGUCUCUUUUUAUGGGAAAAUACUUGAUAUUUGGCCUCUAUUAGAUGGCUUGAGAUUUCAUGUAUGUUUUUUUUAUGAGGUCAAUGGCCUCCCUACUAUGAGCACUGUCACUUUCUGUGCAAGUUGAAGCUGUGACAUGCAGGGAUGUUCUCAACAAAGCUGGUUAGAUCCAGCAAGACUACCUCUGUUGCUUUAUGACAGCCAUAUGAGAAACACUCAAACAUCUGCUGCUAACAAGCCACCUUCUACUGUAAAUAUAAUGUACCUUUGUACAUAGAAUUGAAGUUGUUAUGGUAUGAUACUACUGUAAAUUUGGUCAGAUAUUGGAUGUUUUUAUAAGAUUCCUUUAUUGUGUGAAAGGAGGCAGACAGAAUCAUGGUCAUUUUUUAAAAACUGAGUGCUAUUGUGUUAAGCCCAGGGCUAUAUAGCGAUGUCUUAUUUAAAAAUGAAUAGUACAAAUAAACAUUUUAUGAAAUGUUUAA